GGAAUUUUACCGGAUAAAGGGUUACUGCAUGUGUCGUAGUAGCCGACCGAGGACAAAGUGACAGCGGGAACUUUUGUUAUACUUCUUCGGAAGGCAUAUUUACACAUUUUAGAAAGAAGACAUGUCGGACAACGAGGAUAACUUCGAUGAUGGAGACUUUGAUGACGCAGAAGAAGAUGAAGGGUUGGAUGACCUGGAAAAUGUAGAAGACGAUGAUCAGGAGAAUGUGCAGAUUCUACCAGCAGGGGAGGGCCAGCAAGCCAACCAGAAAAGGAUCACAACUCCAUAUAUGACAAAAUAUGAGAGGGCCAGGGUGUUGGGGACCCGGGCCCUGCAAAUAGCGAUGUGUGCUCCAGUCAUGGUUGAGCUAGAGGGAGAGACAGACCCUCUGCAAAUUGCAAUGAAAGAACUCAAGAGCAGAAAAAUCCCCAUCAUCAUCAGGCGAUACCUUCCUGAUGGCAGUUACGAGGACUGGGGCUGUGAUGAGCUCAUCAUUACCGACUAAAGCGGAACAAUCUGAGAACCAGUAAAAUCAGCAUCAGGUGCAAGCUAUCCUACUCUGUAAAUAAACUCCACAUACCAGGAACUUCAGGGUCAGGAGCAUUUAUUUGUCAUUUUAUUUCAUGUACUUGUGUACAUGAAAUGAAACGAAAUAUUGUUUCCCACAGCAGUGCAACACAGACAUAUCCAAAACCUACAAGAAAACAUAUAUCCAAACUACAAAAAGCCUUACAAAAACUACAAAAACACACAUUUCCAAUAUAUCCCAGAAAAAAAUAUCACUGUCCGAGUGAGUGAACGCCAGCCAGGAUGACUGUCAGAACUGCCGUCUGCAUGGGCUGGCAGUUAGCUUAGCCUGCCCCUGCUUCCGUGUCCUGUCAGACCGCCCUCGUUGUUUCCUCUUCGGGUACAGCUUCAAGCAAGGCCGUGGUCCUUGGGCCCACCGGACGCAGCAGACAAGGCUCCCGCAGCCGAUCCAACGCCAGCUCUCCCAGCCAGACACCUUCGAGACACCUCCUUGCACUCCAGUCAUUGUAAUUACACCAAUUUCUAGAGUUUUUGGCGUACACGUGUAUUACAAUUAGGAUCCACAAGGGGGAAAUGUAGCCCAAGUUAAACAUUUUACUGUUUUACAAAAUAACCUAUUAUAACUGUUAACGUUUUUUUUUAAGAAGAAAGUGAUAUCUGUGAUAGUUGUUUUAUUGUUAUAAAUAAAUGGUUUUGUAAAAAUGACUUUGUCCCUCUCAUCGCUCAGCAUUGACACUAACAGAAGGAUGAUGUCUAUUGUACUUGAUAUAGAUUUUUUCAAUAAAUUAAUCAAAUUAUUUCUGGCAUGAAUUGGGCCUAGUUUGACCAAGUUCAAGAGAAGGAAUAAUGUUUAUCAAAAGAAAAGAAACUACUUUAACGUUACUAUCAUUGUGAUUACCUGUGCAAAUCUUGUAUAUGUUGAUUUAUACUAUAUUGUAUACUUGUUAAAUAAGAUGGAAUAGGUUUUCAGUUUAUUAAAAUGAACUGUCAUAAGUCUC